AGAAAUGGACCGAGCGGACCCGCCGCCGCACGCACCCUGCUCCACUCCGAGCUCCUGAGGGCUCCCGGCGCGCCGCGUAGCCUUGGCGAGGUCCGCGCUGGGGUGCGGCGAGCGAAGGGAACUGGAGAGCCAUGUAGAUCCAGGCUCUUGCCCGCCCGCCUCCUUCGGGAUCGAAUCAAGGGCUCCCAUAGUGUUAGGAGGGGGCGAGAGUGCUGUUUAUCGUCAUUUGCCUCUGAGCUUCGGGAGAGAGUGAUAUUUUGCUUUUCCGCCCCGCAUCCUCCGGAACUCCCUGCACCGGAGAGAGGACGGCGUCUCCAGGUUGCUGGCAACCGGUGAGAAUGGGGGUAGGGAAUGAACAUUUUCGCCGUAGCUCCUCGGUAAAGCGAUUGUCCAACUGAGAGGGGCGUCGGACGAGCGGACCAGGGCGGCGAGUUUGCCCGGCGCGUCUCGGAUGCUGCUGCGGCGGCCGCCGCGGCUCCCGCCAGGGCACUGCAAAGGCGACCUGCCGCAUUCCCACGCGGGCUCUCCGCCGACUCAGCACCGCCCCUGCGCCAAGCCGGCCGGCCAGCGUCCAUCGAUCGCCCUGGUGGGAGCUUAGAAGGCGGCAGGCGAAGAGGGGUAGGAGGGGGGAGAGCCGAGGAGAAGCAGAGGGGGUGGCAGGCGUGGGGAUCUGCUGAGCCGGCACUGCACCGGGUCCUAGCAAGGCUCUCGGAGGGGAGGGGAGGCCAGGGCGACCCCCGAAGCCAUGGCCCAGUCCGCUAGAACGGCACUGCGUUAAGGCACCUGGGAUCAGGAAGAAAUAUCUAAACAACAACAACAACAACAACAAAAAGCCAACAAACCCCCAAAUCCAAACCCGACCCUCUGCAAAAAGCGGCACCCGGCCCGCAGGCGAGGGGGAUUCCAAAUUGAGUACAAGGCAGGGUGGAGGGGAAGGCAGCGAGAGGCAAAGUCGCAGAUCUCCCGACCUGCUCAUUUUGAAGCCCCUCCCCCUGGGCGUGAGGGAGACGCGCACUCCGGUGGGGGGGCCGCUUGGGUCCCCCCCACCCCUGGUCCCUGGCUGUUUCCCACCCCGGGCUCUCUCCUGGCCUCCCACCCCCGCGCCCGGCUUUCACCAUGACGGUGAUGUCUGGGGAGAACGUGGACGAGGCUUCGGCCGCCCCGGGCCACCCCCAGGAUGGCAGCUACCCCCGGCAGACCGACCACGACGACCACGAGUGCUGCGAGCGCGUGGUGAUCAACAUCUCCGGGCUGCGCUUCGAGACGCAGCUCAAGACCCUGGCGCAGUUCCCCAACACGCUGCUGGGCAACCCUAAGAAACGCAUGCGCUACUUCGACCCCCUGAGGAACGAGUACUUCUUCGACCGCAACCGGCCCAGCUUCGACGCCAUCCUCUACUACUACCAGUCGGGGGGCCGCCUGCGGAGGCCGGUCAACGUGCCCCUGGACAUGUUCUCCGAGGAGAUCAAGUUUUACGAGUUGGGCGAGGAGGCCAUGGAGAAGUUCCGGGAGGACGAGGGCUUCAUCAAGGAGGAGGAGCGUCCUCUACCCGAGAAGGAGUACCAGCGCCAGGUGUGGCUGCUCUUCGAGUACCCCGAGAGUUCGGGGCCCGCCAGGGUCAUUGCCAUCGUCUCCGUCAUGGUCAUCCUCAUCUCCAUCGUCAUCUUUUGCCUGGAGACGCUCCCCGAGCUGAAGGAUGACAAGGACUUCACGGGCACCGUCCACCGCAUCGACAACACCACGGUCAUCUACAAUUCCAACAUCUUCACGGACCCCUUCUUCAUCGUGGAAACGCUGUGUAUCAUCUGGUUCUCCUUCGAGCUGGUGGUGCGCUUCUUCGCCUGCCCCAGCAAGACGGACUUCUUCAAAAACAUCAUGAACUUCAUCGACAUUGUGGCCAUCAUUCCUUAUUUCAUCACCCUGGGCACCGAGAUAGCUGAGCAGGAAGGAAACCAGAAGGGCGAGCAGGCCACCUCGCUGGCCAUCCUCAGGGUCAUCCGCUUGGUAAGGGUUUUUAGAAUCUUCAAGCUCUCCCGCCACUCUAAGGGCCUCCAGAUCCUGGGCCAGACCCUCAAAGCUAGUAUGAGAGAGCUAGGGCUGCUCAUCUUUUUCCUCUUCAUCGGCGUCAUCCUGUUUUCUAGUGCAGUGUACUUUGCCGAGGCGGAAGAAGCUGAGUCGCACUUCUCCAGUAUCCCCGAUGCUUUCUGGUGGGCGGUGGUGUCCAUGACCACUGUAGGAUACGGUGACAUGUACCCUGUGACAAUUGGAGGCAAGAUCGUGGGCUCCUUGUGUGCCAUCGCUGGUGUGCUGACAAUUGCCCUGCCCGUACCUGUCAUUGUGUCCAAUUUCAACUAUUUCUACCACCGAGAAACUGAGGGGGAAGAGCAGGCUCAGUUGCUCCACGUCAGUUCCCCUAACUUAGCCUCUGACAGUGACCUCAGUCGCCGCAGUUCCUCUACUAUGAGCAAGUCUGAGUACAUGGAGAUCGAAGAGGAUAUGAAUAAUAGCAUAGCCCAUUAUAGACAGGUCAAUAUCAGAACUGGCAAUUGCACCACAGCUAACCAAAACUGCGUUAAUAAGAGCAAGCUACUGACCGAUGUUUAAAAAACAAAAGCAAGCAAACAAAAAAGCCCCACUUAGCAGCUCAAAAGACUUAAAAAACAAAACAGAAAAACCUGGUGACUCAUGUCACGCUUUGUAGAUACUUUACUAAGUAGACUUCGAAUGCUCUAUUUAACUGUCAAUGCAUUGUUGCAUUGAGGAUUUUGGGGGUGGUGAACCAGAAGCUUUCAAGAUCCAUGACAAUAAACUAUUUUCCUUUUAUUAAAAAAUGGGAAAAGAGAGAGUAUUUUCUAAAACUGGCUUAAAAAGAUUAGUCCAUGAACUAGUCUAGGUAAAACAAUAAUCAUAUGCUUCCCCAAACUGAAACAUUUUUAAUGCUUUGGUUUCUUUAACUUUUUUAAAAACUCAAAACAAGAUGAUCGCUUAGAAAUAUAAAAUUAAAAUUUGCAUGGGACUCCAGUAAAAAAUCUUUGCAAACUGCAUAGCACAUUGAAGACAGUGCAUCAGAUGUAUUAUAUGUAACAUGAUAGACCAGCCAAAAUGGACAAUGAAUAGAUAUUUUUAUUUCGAUCAACCGAACUGCAUAUUACAAGGUGAAAAAAGAAAACUCCAAUUACUUAAGACUGGUUCACAAAGCACCUUAUAAAUUGGAUACUGGUCCUGAUCUGUAGGGAUUUCCUCCUGGGCCCAUUCUCUUUCUAAUCCAGAUUGUUCUCUAAGAAAAAGAUAACUGAAUUAAAUUAAUUGAUUCAUCUGCAGUGCUGCUAAAUUUUCUCAACUGCAGAUGAGCCAAAUACAGGUCUUUUCUCACCAGGCCUGCACUCCGACCCCUGGCUUUCAGAACUGGAUGUAAAACCUUAGCCUCCUUAUUGCAAGAGAGCACAAAUGAAGUUAAAUGUAAGCAUGUUUGAAUCUGAUACAAUUUACUUUAUAAUCGCAUGCUGAGAAGUUAGCCCAGACAAUAGGGGAUAAGCUUAAGUUGAAAUCGAUUCUUCUAAAAAUAGAUCCUUUUUCAUUUGCAUUCACCAAAAGUGCACUCCUCCAUUUAUUAACUAUUUUAUUAGUAAAUACAGUACUGUAUUUAAGUGCAUAUGUUAGUCAGAUGGGAACAAUAACUUUUUGGAGCUCAAAGCAUGUUCUCUCAUUCAGCAUUAUGGCCUAUUUGACUAAGAUGUACCUUGAAUUAAUUAAUGCAUGAUUUCAGUAAUAAAAAUUUAAAAAGUAAUAAAAAUUACAAGUCUGUGGGAUGAAAGGCCCAAUAGAAAUUAUGGGGGGUGGGGGUGGGGGCACUCAGUCAAUUUUCCUGCCUUUGCUCAGGGAAAUACCAGGUUUUUUGCGCAGGUAUAGGCGGAGAGAGGACCAAUAUGCCCAUCCCUUAAAGGGAAGCCAUGUGAAAAACUAAAUAAAUCAUCAAGGUAUAUAUAGCAACACCUAAGAACAAGUAUUCUUUCUAGCUGAAGACAAACACAAGCAACACAAACAAACAAACAAACAAAAAAGGUGCAAUACUGCAUGUUUUUUGGUGCAUUCUUAGGAUGUAAAUGAAAAUGUUUCUCUAUUGUAUGCAUCCAAAGCAGAGCUGAUUUUUUUUCUUUGCAGUCAUUAUUUGAAGUCUGCAGAGACUUCAGCCCUCCCCUUGAGGCUCCCUGAAGAAACUAAACCAAUUGAUUUAAUAGUUGCUUAGUGCCUUUAUCCUGUACCCACAGUGAACUGCAGAAAGUGCCUCCUUGACACAGCUGAGAAGUUAGGUAACAAAAGUGGGGAAGGGUUGGGGCACAGACCUUUCGCUUUUUCUUUUUCCAUUCUCGCUCUCUCAUUUCACCACUGUGAGAAGACCACACCACCCUAAACCCUGGAGAGGAGAGUCCCAGGAGGGUGCUGUCUCUCUGGCCAUCUACUAGCAUUGGUCCCUUUGACAGCCUGACGCUGGAUGUGAACUGAGACCCAUCUUUGAAGUGGACGUGAACUGUGAACUUGUUUUUUCCUCUUCUCCACCAGAAGCCAAGAUAAACUUUUUGGGAAUUUGUUUCCUAUCGAGGGCCACUUUGGACACACAAGGCUUCCUCAGGUCCAGUGUAGUGCUCCUGGCACCUUUCCUUAUUCUUUCUCUGUUAGUAACAGCACUUUGCAAAUCUCUCUGAUGGUCCAAUCUUUUCGGGCAUUGUUGUGGAUGUGGGAACACUCAGUUCAUAAUAACCUUUCCUAGGCCUUCCCUCCCGGUCUACCCCUUUCAGAUAUUUCCUAUGACGCUCCUAUGAUCUUCCCGCCUGGCAGUCACUUCACAGGCUGAACAUCUAACUUCUGCUUCCCCAGUCGCUCAGCCCAGAGAAUGGUGGGGACCCUGUUCCUGGCUGGAAGACAGCCACGGAACACAGACCUCUGGAGCUUGGCAGCUGUCCACCCGUGGAGAGGCACUCACAGCCUUUUUAAGGACCCUGAGGUGGGGAAUCUUCAUUCUGCGCUUAGCAUGUGGCUGCCUGUUACCUGACAUUCGGGCCCAGCUUCUUCCGAAAACCUGUUCUGUUUCUCCCACCCCUUUUCCCCAUGCUGUCCUAGAACUAGCAGUGAGGCAGUCGCCCUAGAAACUCGAGUUACGCCCAUUCUGGCUAACUCGAUUAAAAGAAAGAACAUGGAUAUCUUUUUUUCCUACGUGACUUCUGUGAAUCUGUGAGAUGAACACAACACACAUCGUGGAAGAUGAGGGGCCAAGAACUGCACGACAUUUGACUACAGGGCAUUAAACCCUCCCAUGUGAUGUCUCCUUCUCGUCUGAACCUUAACUCAUUCUGGUGAUUCCUUUCCUACUUGCUUAAAAGUCCCCAAUUAGGAAAAAAAAUGCCAACCUCCUGCCAGUCCUGGGGCUAUCUUGAUCUUUCAUUUCAACGUUGAGGUCUAGUGCACACAGAACUUGAAACACCACACUCUGUCAACAGCAAUAAUCCGCUCGGUACUGUGGGAUGGAUGGGUUAAUGGAUGAGAAAAUGGCACCAAGACUGACUUUGGGUACUUGGUAUGCUUACCAUGGUUACACCCUGGAGUGGUUGAUUCUUCUGCAUGUGAUAUAGAAAAAAGUGCUGCAUGCGGUGAACCUGUCAGCCUGGGACUGGGGAUGAGUUGUUGUUAUGAGUUUGGGGUGCUGUGAGGAAAAUGAACGCUGCUUAGCUCAUCUGUAGGUCAUUGCAAUGAAUUCAGUAAGAAUGGAGUACAGGGAUUAUCUGUGUAGCAUAGGCAUGCGAUGUUUGACCAAGCUCUUACCCCUCGCACUGUAAUGUGUUGAAAUGUCUUUGUAGACCUGAAGGUGCACUUAACAAAACUGCCUAUUAAGGGAUAACUAUUUUUUGGUUUACUUAUUCUUAUUUAUUUUAGCAGGCUCUUUACCUUUUCUUCCCCUUCCUAGGCAUGGAGCUCUAACAGCUCAUGUCCUGACUAUGUGUUUUCUCUAGGAGAAGACUGUUGAUGUGCUGAUAGCCAUAACUCCUCUCUUCCAGUCUAUUGGGGCCCUAGUUCAAUAGGGUGGCAUUGGAAGGGUUGGUCACAGCAGGGCUGUUAGCCAUCCCAGAAUCUCUGAAGUGGUUAACUCACCUGAAGUGAUCUGAAUCAGAGAGACCAAAGACAUUCAUUUCCUCUGUCCUCAGAUUUCUAGAAGACAAAUUCCAGCCAGGAAAACUUUCUGUUUUUGCAUCUCCCUUUUCCCACUUGUGCACAACUCCCCUUGCACUCCCUGGAGACUUGAGUUCUGAUUUUCAGUUAUAUCAGUUCGUUGGGAGUGUGUUCGUGGGUGAGCCUUGCAAAAUCAGAUACACCAAGAGCAAGUCCUUCUCCCGGAUUCCGGCCAGUGGGCAGUCAUUUCCCUGAAAUGGAAUUGUAGGGCAGGUUUAGAUUCCACCAUGGUGGACUUGAAGCACAGGUGGUGUCACAGUCUUGAUUCGCUUGAGAAUUAAAAACAUACAUGUAAAUGGCAAAUGAGGAAUACAUUUUUUUUUAAAGUAGAAAUUUGGUUGAGCCUAUAAAGGGCCUUCUUCACAUUAUGUAUAGUUACACAUUUUUCAAAUGAGUUACCAUCUAAAAGUCAAUAAAAAUAGUUUCCUAGCCCUCUCAUUUAAUAUAGGAGACCUCAAAACACAUGCUUUUUAAAAUUUUUACAUUUUAAUUCUUAGUUUGGUAGAUUGGAUUGAAAGAAAGGAGAAAGAACAUUAGCAGAAGGCACUUUCCCAUUUUCUUCCAGGAAUGACUUAUUCCUGGGGUGGUGAGAAUUGGUGGGUGGUAACCAUCCAUAGUAUAAAAUUGUUAGAAAGAAUAUAAACUGCCAAACAAGCAUGUUAUCUUCAGGCUUUUCCAAGCAAGAAUGGAGUCUUUUGAUGUUUAUGUUCAUUUUAAGAAGACAAACAAACUAAAAUUUUAAGACCAGACGCAACCCAAGUUGAAUUGUGAUCUCAGGAGGUGACUUCUCAUCUACCAUGUGGCAUAUUACUACUUGUAUUUAUAUCAUGGAAUUUCAGGGUAUAUGUGAACAUGUCUAGUAUGACUCAGGUAAACCUUAAAAGAAUGUAUGUUACUUACCAUUUUUGUAAAGAAGCAAACAGGAGCUGAAUUGUUAACCAAAACUGUUCCAUUACCUUGGGUCACUGUGCAAACUAAUUCAGGGUAUAGAUGUAAAGUUUAGAAGCCUUGGGAUUAAAUGCCAGCCUCUUUGCUCAGGCAAAAUGACCCUGGGCUUUCUUGGGAAGUCCAGCAUGUAUGUAAGGGGUGAGGCCCUGCUGACCUCAGGGCUAUUAGCUUUAAGGAGAUUAACCCUAGUCACAGUGAUUUUCAUUUAGGAGCUAACUAGGAGUUUACUUUUUGUGAUGUGAAACUUCAAAGAGUAUAGAAAACUUUUGUACCACAAUCAAAGAAGAAGAAGAAAUGGUGUAUGGAAUGAAAACAAAACAAAACAAGAAAUCUCUUGUAAAAUAUUCCAGGUCAAAGUUGUCUCCUCUCCAAACCUUGCAGAAGCACCUUUCUUCUCUUCAGCGCACUGUUUUGGGACUGUUUAUGCAUCAGAUGUAAGUAGACAACAUGGACUCCAUGUGACAUGCCUCUAAUAGUAAAGAUAAAGUAUUACUGAGGUGAAAAAUAAAAAUGACUAGUAUUAAUUGAAAGUGCACCAUCAGGACAACAAACCAUUUAAGCUGAAAAAGCGCUAUUUUAUUUCUUCAGUUUGCCAGUUGCUUCACCUUGAGUUAAGGACAUGUCUCAUCUUCACCUACUGUGCAUUUUCCCUUCUCUAACUGUGUAAUAUGUCAGGUCAAGGACAUUGAAUGUUACGAAUUGAGAACCUAAUUGAUGCGCAUAGUUUUCAUCUAUGCAAUUUUACUUGCUUCUGUCACUUUAUGAUCUGUUCAUAUUUGGCAUCAAUUAAAGAUAAUUUUUAAGGAUCUUAUCAAGGAA